AUGGCGGAUCCAGCUGCUCUGCCAAUCGUGCCUUGUCCGGAUUGCGGCAGGAACGUGGUGACCUACGUUGCUAGGCGCGGGCAGAACGCCGGUCGGUGUUUCUACAAGUGCCGGAAUCACAACCCUUCAGCGGGCGGAUGCAAUUUCUACAGGUGGCAGGAAGGCUAUGCAGCGCAUCUGGCCAAUCUUGAAGGAGGAGAAGCUGCUGUGGGUCAAAUCGGUCCGGGUCAGAUGCAGGGUGGGCAAGCUGUCGAAGCUCAAGUUGUGCAGGCUGAUCACGGCCAGCCGGUGCAGCAAAAUGGGCCGCCGGAGGCGUCGCAGGCUGCAUCGUUUGCUAGUGCGGUCGCAUGA